AUGGGUUCAUCCUUAGAAAAAAAAUUGAUUGUCGUAACAUUGAUAAUUCUCGGGAUAUGGGCUUCUCAGGCUGCAUCCCGAACCCUACCUGAGGCAUCGGUCUCAGAGAAGCAUGAGCAAUGGAUAGCUCGUUAUGAACGUGUUUACGAGGACCUUGUAGAGAAGGAAAGGCAUUUACAGAUAUUCAAGGAGAAUGUGGAGUUCAUAGAAUCUUUCAACAGUGCUGGGAAUAACCCGUAUAAGUUGAGCAUCAACGAAUUUGCAGACCAAACAAAUAACGAGUUCAAGGCCUCUCGCAAUGGAUUGAAGAAACCAUCCAAUCCAAAGUCAAAAACUACUUCGUUUAAGUAUGAAAAUGUGACUGCAGUACCAGCUACUAUGGACUGGAGGAAGAAAGGAGCCGUUACGCCUAUUAAGGAUCAAGUUCAAUGUGGAAGUUGUUGGGCGUUUUCAACGAUAGCAGCCACGGAAGGAAUAACCAAACUUACUACUGGUAAAUUGAUCUCACUGUCUGAGCAAAAGCUAGUAGACUGUGACAGAAGCGGUGAAGAUGAAGGAUGCCAAGGUGGCUACAUGGAAGAUGGGUUCGAAUUUAUUGUACACAACAAAGGGAUAGCCACUGAAGCAACUUAUCCAAACCAGGCAACUGAUGGAACUUGCAAUGCUAAGGAAGAAGCUUCCCAUGCUGCGGAGAUCAAGGGUUAUGAGAACGUGCCAGCCAACAGUGAGAAGGCGUUAUUGAAGGCCGUGGCUAAUCAACCAGUUUCUGUUUCCAUUGAUGCAAGUGGAGUUGCGUUCCAAUUUUACUCGAGCGGUGUUUUCACGGGAGAUUGUGGAACCGACCUAGACCAUGGUGUUACGGCAGUUGGGUAUGGGACUACGGCUGAUGGCACGAAGUAUUGGUUAGUCAAUAAUUCAUGGGGCACAAGUUUGGGGAGAUGA